GUGUGUGAGAUGUUCUGUGGUCGCGGGGAGGACACGCCGCUGUGGGUCAACGCGCGCAUCGCCUCCUACCUGGGCGUCGACGUGACGCCGUCGUCACUGGAGGAGGCGGCAGAGGAGUGGCGCGCACACGGCGCCCCCUAUGGCGCCGCCUUCCACUACGCCGACCCCUCCCUCGCGCCGCUCUCACUGGCAGCGGUGGGGCGCCUCACGCCCUUCAACGUCGUCUGCUGCAGUCCCCGCGUGCAGGACUGGUUCAGCUCGCAGCGCUCGGCGGCGCAGUUCCUGGCGAACGUGGCGGCGCUGCUCGCCCCCGGAGGGAUCUUCUUCGGCCUCCUGCCCGACUCCUCCACCCUCUGGUACAAGCAGCAGCGGGCCAUCGAUGCCGCCAAGGCUGCUGCCGGGCCGGUGGGCAUGGCGCCCACGCGGGCGGUGAUUCGCUCAUCGCUCUACUCCAUCGCGUUCGACAAGGCAGUGCCGUUUGAUGACAGCAAGGCGGUGUUUGAUCUGCGCUUCUCCCUCAAGUGCACCGACGCCAACAGCCUGCCCACCAAGUCGCUCCUCGUGCACUUCCCCACUCUCAUUAGGCUGGCGGAGACGGAAGGGCUGCAGCUGGUGGACAUCGUCAACCUCGAGACGCUCUUCAACGACACCAGGACGCCUGCCAGCAUGCGCCUGCUGGCGCACCUCUGCCCCGCCGCACUGCUCGCCCUGCCCGACCCGCGCGCCCACGCUGUUGCUGCUGCUGCUGCUGCUGCUGCUGUGGGGGCAGCAGCAGGCGAGGGAGACGCUGCUGUGCACGUCGGCCUCUCUGCUUCGGCGCGCGACCUGCUGA